AUAUAAUGUAGGUUCUUGUUGAUCGACCGUCAUGUCUUGGUCUACCUCGCAUGGCGAAGGACAGGGUGAUAGCCUCUCUUGCUUGCAAACUCCAUGCAGCACUCGCCUCAAGAGAUUAAAACCCGCCUAGACCGUGUAGUAGAUACUGAUGGAAAUGUGAGUCAAUUUUUAGCUCGUUUGAUCCUUUCUCUAACAUGAAAUUGAUGGUUUUCUUUCCUGUCUUGUUGUCUGUUAGGUUUUGGACAUGCCGGCUGUUCUCGAGGCAGUGACGAUUUUAGAGCGCCUUCCCAUAACGAAAGAGGCUCUUGAGGUAAAAUUAACAAAUUCAAUUUUAACAGUUUAUAUUAUAUCUUAAAAUUAUGUCAAAUGUUAGACUGAUGACUUUUACAGUUGUAAAACAAUUGACGGAAAACGUCCUUGUUGUAAACCGCAUGUGAAAGGGUUAGAAGGACGUCGCUUCAGAUCUUCCGUAAUUUAUUUGAAACACCUCGGGGAGAGUUUACCCCCAACGUUUGUUUAAUAUGAUAUUCUAAUUCUGCUGUUUCUGAAGUUUUCAUUUAAAUCGCUGAGAGAGAAUUUCUUAUGAUCUGUGAGUCUAGGAACAUCACGUACGGAAGUUUAUUCUUUUCCGAGAAUUACGCAAGGUUGUCUUCUUGGAAAUGGGGAAUCUGAAAUGUGAAACAGCAAAAAAUGCCUUGAUUCAGAUUACUAUAUAAUAGUUCAGAUUACUGUAAAUGACUAUGAUCAAACAAAGACCUGUUUUUCUUUGUGUGGUUUUUAGUUUGAUCAAUUUCUUUCCAAGCAGCUUCGAAGGACAAUCGAAAAGUGAAAUUCACAUCGUGGGAUCGAAAUUUACUGGAAAGUUAAGAUCCAGUGACUUUUUUCUAUUUAGAUAGAGUUCUGAUGUUACUGCAAGAAUUACGUUAAUUUAUCAUUGAGAAGAAAAGCUAGUAUAUUCUGGAUUUUUUCUACUUUUGUACUGAUUUGGGAAAUUUAUUUGGUGACUAUUUGAUCGGCGUUGCCGGAAGAUAGUCGUUCAUUCAGGAUUGUGAAAUUCGCAUUACUCGCUCUCCGUUUCCUUCACAUCACACUCUACCGAACUUGUUUUCAACUGUCCAAAGAUAUUUUGAAGUUUUAAAAAAUUUGGAUUCAUUUUGCUGAUACCAAAUUAAGAUCAUUUUUUCACCAACGAUCGUGAACGUAGAAGUGGAACUCUUUAUCAUCUCCCAUGCCAACUAGCCUGGAAAUUUACACAAAGUGCUUAUUCUACUCAAAGGCCUUACUACUGUGUCCGUUUUCCACAUGUUGAUUUUGAUCACCUGGACUGUAACUUAAACUUUUAGUACUGCCAACCUGUUGUUGCUGGUGCUAGUGAAACGACCUUGGUAGUUUUCAUGUCUCAGUAUUUAAAGGGAAACCUUUAGCUUGAUGUACUGUUGAGCAUUGUAAUAUUUGCCCUUGUUGUGAGAUAGCGGUUGAUAAAUUUUACUCAGUGAAUUUGACAGUAAAACUGAGUGGUUUAUUGUUACAUGUCUGGAAUAUUUUCAAGGGUCAUAAUUUUGAGUAACUUAUUUAGAAUCAUAGACACUGGGCUAACACUAGUACUUCUUUAGAUAACAUUUUUAUUAUUUCUCCAUUACAUCUCUAACAGACAAAAUUGUGCCAGUAUGUUGUAUCUGUAUCUUGACCAUAUGUGAAAUUAAACUUACAUGCAAAACAUGGCAAAGUGAAUUCAUGUUUGUGUCAUAUAUUUUAAUUGUCCUAUUCUGGGCUGUCAUUUCCUUGUAGGUCCUGCUUUAUUUCAGUUGAUUGUACUUUGGUCAAGUUAGUUAUCAAAUUGUAUCUAGAGGUUUAUGUAUCUCUUGCAACUUCCGGUAGCAUUUCCCUUGUCAAUCGGCACGGCAUAAUAGCACGGCAUAAUAGUUUGUACAGAAACUAGUCUUUCUUUUUUAUAGUUACUAACCAAAUGAUUUUCGUUCUCAAAAGAAAACACGGCUGGGAAAGACAAUAAACCUUCUUCGAAAGAAAACAAAAAAUGAAGAAUUAGCCAAGAGGGCCAAAGGACUUGUGAAAAAGUGGCAGAAGUUGGUGAUAAAUCACCUUGAGACUCUACGCAAUGCAGACUCUCCGAUAAAUGGCAGUGGGUUAUCAUCACCACAGAUAAAUGGAACUGUUAGGGAUCCUGAGAAACCUGCCUCCCCAUCUGUUGACAGGGCAGGAAAAUCAAAAAUUCUUGAAGGAAAGAAGAGAGGGGUUAAAAGAAAACGUAAUAGUUGCUCCAGCUCAGAAAACUCUCCUGUUGUGUCCUCAAGAUCAGAUGAUUGUGAAAGUCAUCCUGGAACUCCAAAUUCUGGUUUACUGCCACUAAUCAAAGAUAUUCACAAUAAAGGAAAUAUUUCAUCAGUUUCUCCUUCUCAACCACCUACACCACAUAGUGGAGACAAAAGUACUUUAUCAUUACAGAGCCCUGGCGAUAGUAAUGUCCUCUCUGUAGAUUCAGGAAUUGAAUCCCAGCCAAGUGUCAAAACAUUGGAUGAAUUAAAUAGUGAGAGCACAGUAGCAACUAUGGAAUCAAGUUGGAAUGAUCAGUCAUCAGAUGUUCCAGUAAAUCUUCCUUGUAGUUCACAGAAAAUGUUUGAGAACCAAACUGACACAAGUGAGGGUGUUUUGUUACAUAUUAAUGAAACCUCAAGUGGAUAUAACAACAAGUCAGAUAGUGUUAGUUGUUCCCAUGAUGAAGACAAAAUGGAAGUGAACAUGUUGCCAGAACAUCCUGUUGAACAGGAAAUGCCCACAACACCUGUUGCCAAAGAAUUUGUGUUAGAUGUAAAUGUUGAAGCAAAUGGAGUUACCGGAAGAUUUGGUGAUGAUGGUGCUUGGUACGACUGGACGGAGGUUAUGCCUGCUGGGGAUGGUGUGCUACAAGUUUUACCUUACGUGAUACUUGAAUAAUCAAAUUAUCGACUCACUUUCUCAUUAAUAUUGUAUUUCAUUUUAUAGUCUAGAAACACUACUUCUACACUAUGUGACAAGUAGUUAGUACCUGUGCCAACAAUAUGAAUGCAAUGAUGAUAGUUUCCUUGUUAAUAAGUUAACUUCAGUGUUGUUAGAUUUGAUGUCAAUACAAAAUGUUGGAUGCAACUUUGUUAGUUAUACUGUUUUCUGUUUGUCACUGGUUUCAGUCAAAAAUUAUUUAUUAUUAGUGCCACAGGUUAAGUGUUACUUAAUAAAAGCUGUUUGCCACUGAGCAAACAUAAAAGUUAUGGAAAGUUUAGGAGCAGAGUGGUUUUGUUUUAUGAAAUUUUUUUCCUGAAUUUUCACAUCAGGAUGUAAAGCUAGAUGUAGAUCAUGAUGACAGUAACAAACAAGGUUUUAUACCAAAUAAAAUGGAAUACUGACAGUAGAAUUUAAGCUCAGAAGGUUAUCAGAAGUUUGGAAGGUUUCCAAUUUCCACCCUAUUUGACCUUUUUGUAUGUAACAGUGUUUCUUCCAGAUGUUGCAUUAAUUAAUUUGCAUCUAAUAUCAAUCAGCUUGAGUGGCAGUUGCUUAGAAUCGCACUGAGUUACUCCAGCCCUGUAUUUAAGGUUAGUUUUAAAGCCCAAUGUCCAGACAAUUUUCAGGUAACUGUGUAUUAGUAAGCCAUUUUCACAGAGGAAAAAAAUGGUUUAGCUGAGGGUGGAGAGUUUUAGUUAGAAAAGUUGGUUGGAAUAUUAUGGAGAUAUGUUAACUCUUUAUUUUCAUCCAACUUAAUGCACAAACCUUUCUUUUUCUAAUUUGUGUGCAAAUUUUAAUUUUUUCCCCUUAAAUUUAUUCUCCCUCAAUUGAUAUUUUUAUUUGAAAUUGUCUCCAUUACUAGCUUGACCUUCCAUCCUUUAAACUACCCCAUGCAUGCCCAUUCUUCCUGUUGAAAUGCAAAUUGUUACUUUAAUGUAAUACAGGUCUAUAUGUGACUUGUCAAUGAUAAUCACUUCAAAAUCAGUACAACAAAAGUACACAUUUGUAUCAGUAUUCCCAGUGCAUUUUAGGUUUAAAGUGCUCUUGGCAUGUAAAAUGGAUCAUGACAAAGUUAGUUGUGUAAUGUUACUAUACCAAAUUACAUUUUCAGAUAAUUUUUUUGAAUGGCGGUUGGCAUGAAUGUAGGUUGUACUGACCUGAUACUGUUUGUUUUUCUGUCCCUAAGGGCAAAAUGUAAACCAUUGAAUUUGCUUUUUUAAAAACCAAAAUUUGCAUUCAAUUGUUCAUGUACAGUUAGUAAAUUCCUAUCAAGGAUUACAAAGUUAAAGUUAAGAGUGAAAUCUUAACUGAUGCUUGCAACCAUGUAAAUAAUCCGUAACUAACUUCUGUAAAGGAAUUUGAAAGAAGUGUAUUGAAGAUGAUUGCAGGUCAUUAAAACAAUUAAUUUCAUGUAUUUGUUACU